CAUCAUUAUCAAUUUCAAUCCCGGAAAUAUUAUCUUCGUGAUCAUCUUUUCACCUUCACGCAACCUUAACAUUGACCUGAGCAAAGGUGUUUCUUAAUUUAAACACGAAAAAAAUGAUUGUCUAUGUUUAACUCAAUUCAACUCAAUUGUUUUGUAUGCUUUUGUUACUUCUCUACUUGUGCAUUCACUUUACAGGUUAAUUUUGACUAAAUUGUGAUUCUUAACCUUCACCAUCUACAUGGUGAUUGACAGUAACAAUUUGAUAUAAUCUUGACUCAAUCCAUAAGAUAAUUUUUCAAUCCACAUUCAAUAAUGCAUUAAAGUUGAUAAACCUUUUUUCACUCAAGGUUUUAAGGUAACAUUUACCUUAUGUUUAAUGAUGGCCUUUUUUUACCUUUUUUCCCUCUCAAUUCUGCUACUCAAUUGGGAAGUAGAAAGAUUAUCUCAUCUUAUAUUUAAUAGUUUGAAUCAAAGUCUGCCUUAUUUAUCAACCAAAAGGUGUAAUUUAAAGUGAGAUCCCAAUGAAUUUGUUGAUAAAUUAUUCCCAGCCAAACCCAUUUAAUCUCAACCUUUGGCAACUCUUUUAGCCAUGAAAAUGAAUAUAAUGAAUUGAAAAAAAGUUCCAAUUUGGUUGAGCUUUUUUUUCUGCUUUUGAUGCUUUUUGAUUAAAGAUUGAAGUGUAUUAGGACAAAUAAACGUUGAUUGAAACUGUGAGUCAAGCAAAAAUUGUUAAAAAAACAAGCAAAUGAAAGGUUUAUGAUGAUGUAAGGUUCACUUGGAUUAUACAUUGGUUAAGAUUAUUCAAUACAAAGUUGGCGGUUAAAAAUUGAAAAGUCGGGGGAGAGACAAAAAUGGUUGCCAUCAAUUAAACUGCAUUUUAAGCUUCUUUUCUUGAAGUUAAUUUUAUAUUUUCAGUUUGUUUUUUUUAUUUAUUUAAUCUUGUGAUGUUACAAUAUCAACAAUUAAUUGACAAUUCAAUGUCAUUGGUUAAUUGUGAGACUAUUUUUGUAUACUUUUCCAUUUCUAGUGUUACUUGUUGAUUUAAUGGAGUUCAAGUGUAAAAAAAGCUAAAACCAAGUCUAUGGAUGUCUGAAUAGACAAAAAAGCUAACUUCUGUGUCGACUUGUUUUUCUCACUGUAGACAUUAAAUGUGCUUUUGUUGAUUUUUCUGGUUCUCAUCAUGGGUUGAAUCAUUCUGGAUGAGGGGCUAAUUUAACCAUACAAUGGUUACCAUCUUUGACAAUUACAAUUACCUUUUGAAAUAACCUUCAAUUCACCUGUCUUUGUUCUCAUUCUAUUCUCAACGUCUUCACCUUCACCAUCAUCAUAAUGCAAAGCUAUUCCUGGUGUUCACUAUGACUUGUUUGACUUGAGACAGCAUGAUUUUACCCUUCUCUUUCAACAUCAAGAAUGAAUUGAUUCACUCAUCUUCUGGAAUUUAUGGUUAUCUGAUUCAACAGAGUGUUGAAAUCAACACUUUUUUCUUUAGAUGCACCAAACCAAGACCUCUUCGCCUGUAAACAAGUAGUUUCAAUCCUUUAAGGCUGUUCACAUGAUGAUUCCUAGGCAAUGGAAAGUGUUUAUUAAACUGGAUACAAAACAAAAGGCAGAGCGUCAUUAAAAAAUGGUUAACUCAGAAUGGACUUGAACACAGGGAAACAAGCCAAAGCAGGAACAAUCAGAAAUGCAAACUUUAAGGAUAUACAAAGUUAUUUGUUGAUUACAGUUAAAUAACACAAUACAGUUAUAUUUAACUGUUUGAUUUGAAGUUGAUGAUGAUCAUUACUAUUAUGAUUAUGUUUAUGGAAAGCAAAAUAGUGUAAUUGAACUUGAGGGCAAUUUGAAAGAAUCAAGUUCACCGAUCUUUUUUUUCUUCUUGUUGUUUCCUUCCUCAUUUGAAAACCAAUAUUACAUUUUCUUAAAGUAACUUGAACAAUUAGCCUUAAGGGUUUCCAAGCCAUUGGAUUCUGGUUUCCGGUCCUCAUGAUAACAAACAUCAACAUCAGUCAAAAAGUUCUGUUAUCUUUGGCACGUUGGAAUAGACGAAAGAGAAAGAAAGAGAAAAGUUCAUUAUAAUCAUCAUUAUGAAUAUUUGCAUCUUCCUAAUGGCAAGUCAAUCAAUUCUUGGAAAUCCAUCAACUCUCACUCUUGAACGACUCUCUUUCAACUUUCCCUUUAAAAGAUACUUUCUCUCUCUCUCUCUUCUUUAUCAUCAUCAUCAACAUCAUCAUAUGCAUGAAUGCUCAACCUUUUUUACUUGUUUUAUCUCAACAUCAUCCAUGUAUAUAUACAGAUACAGAUGUACCUUUGCCAUAUUAGUUGUGUUCAUACCUAUCUGAGGGAAAAAAGUUUUUUUAAGGUGUUAACCUACAGGACAAAAACAGAUUCACUUUGUUCAACAACUGGUGUCCCAAUAACUCAUCAUGUUCCUUUACCAUUCAAUACUAUUUGCUUCGAUUUUCAUAACAACUAUCCAAUCUCAUGGAUCUUAUCAUUCAAGGGAUCGACAAGGACAUGAGAGAACUUGGUUUCAAAUGUCAAUUCCUUAUCUGGAUACAACAAUUCAAUUUCAACCUCCAGCAGGUCUUGAACCCGAACGGUUGUUUGAUUUUAUGACACCUUUACAAAAUUGGAAUCCUCUGGAGCCACCACCAUUCAUGAGACCAUUUUUUGAUCGCCCGAACCAAUUCAGACCAAUGAUACCACCUCCACCUCCACCCAUACCACCUUUCUCCCAAGACACACCUUCUACUUCAUCAAAUCCCAAUUCAAUCCCUGAACCUGAACCAGAAUCGGGAUUCUCGGUAUCUUCAUCUGCAUUUAACCCAUCUAGACGAAGAUGGAAGCCUCGGUGGCAUCCUCAUAACCGUGCCGGUGGACAUUCUGGUAAAAGACCCAAUGCUUUAAGACCAUCAAAUGGGAAUGGAAAUGGAUGUCGGUAUGUUCCUGGAACUAAAGGAGGACGAAAAUGCCGUCCAGGCCAGCGUUUCUGGGAAAAAUCCAAGCCUAGUGAACCUCAACCCAGUUGGCCAUUCUUUGUGUUCCCACCACCACGGCCUUCAAUAUCAGAUGAUAAACCAGAAGUUCCUAAUACUUUCACUGAAGUAACAAAAAAAGACGACCCUGCUUGUGGUAAUCGACAUCUUCCAAGACCAACUAAACCAUCAGAACUGAAUCCACCAUCAACAACAACGAUGGUGACAACGUCAACAGCAGUCACACCAUUGGAAAAAAACGAAACUACAAAUGAACCAGUUGCUAACAAAACAGAAACUCCAUUAACAUCUACAACAACGACUACAACUGAAUUACCAAUAACACCAGAUUCAUCAGAUUCAUCUGAUGUUGCACCUAAUACUAAUGAAAAACAGCCUUCAUCAAAUGACUCGUCACAAUCUUUACCAUCUGACUCAAAAAGUUCAGAUGCUAAACCGGAAAAGGACGGAAAUUUCUCGGAAUUUGAAUCGAAAAAUGAGCCAAAUACAAAUGAAAAGGAACCAGGUGAAGAAAUUGAAAAGAAAAAAGAAACCGAAGAAAAGACUGAACUAUCAGUGUCAUCUAAACCAAAAGAUUCUGAUGAUGGGGUUAGAGUAAGGACAAAUAUAAAUAAUGGUGAGGAUAUUUCCCCAUCCGGUAUGGUGACAACAAUGGGACCUUUAGAGGAAUCAGAUGGAAAAGAAAAUGGAAAUAAGAAAAUGGAAGAAACAAAAGAUGAUGAUAAAAAGAUUGAAUCUAAAGAAAAUGAAAAUGUUGAUGGAGAAGAUAACAAGAAAAAAGAAGCUGACGAAACUGUUGAUUUGAAAUAUUCCCCAUUCACAUCAAAUCCAAGUGAAUCAUCUUCACCAAAAUCUUCAUCUUCAUAUUCAUCACCAGAAAGUGAAGUUACAACCAUAUCAAAUGAUAAUGUCAACAAUGAGGUUGUUUCAACAACAAGUUCAACUGAUUUAGGUAACAUUGACUUACUCAAUGAAGCUGAUACCCUUCCAGAUGAAAUUGAUAAAGGUAACAAUAAUAAGAAAUCUGCAUUACCGGAUGCUGAAGCUAAACGGAAAAGGGAAGCAGAAAAGGAACAAUUUAUCAAACAAAUUGAAUCAAUGUCCAUUGAAGAGUUUAGAAAACUUGCAUCUAAGAUUGCAUCUUUAUCAAGUUAAAUGAUGAAAACAAAAUUUUGGUCAACUUUUUUAUCCAUCUGUCAAAAAUAGUGAAACUCAGUUUAUCUUGACUCGGAAGUAAACUCAGGAUGAAUACAUUAUUACACGAAAAUAAUUAUAAUAAUGAUACAGAAUGAUUAUGGUGGUGAUGGCUAUGAUAAUGCUAAAUCAAAAAAGGCAAUAUGAUGAUAAAUCAGAAGAAGAGAACAAAUCUUGCUUCGAAAUUAUCAUAAAAAAGUAAACAAAAAGUCGAUGUUUUUUAUUCAACUUAUCAUUUAUCUUUCAAUGUUUUCCUCAUUGCUUUUAUCAAAAACUAUCACAAUAACCUUUGAUGGUAAUACUUCUCACCAUAUCUUUCAAUUUCAUCUGCAGCAAUAAUGACUGUUAUUCAUUGUAACUUCAGUGCCAACACCAUCUUUGUAAUUUUUUUAAAAAAUCCUUCUUCGACUUUUCCGUCAAAAUUUGCUUUCCGUCUCAAAUGAUUUAAUUAAUCUACUUAAUCAUAACAUUGGUGCAAAGAUUCAAGGAGAAACAAUUGUGAUUGUAUUGGGAUGGACGAAUUUCCGAAUCAAAUGAUUGUCAUAAUGUGAACAAUUUAUGAACCAAUAAAUUGAUUAUUGUAUUAAUGACAAUAAAUGUAUUAUUAAAACUGUAA